CAUAAAUCUAUUGGUUGUGGUCUCGGCUCCACUUUCCACUGCCUUACCGAUCCGACUGCAGUUGUGUUUGGGGGAAGUUGGCAGCUGGCGGCACACGGCGAAAGGCUUUCCUCUCUCCCCGGCGCUUGGACAGUGGAAUUAUGAGCAGAGCUGACCCAGCCUACAUCAUCACCCUGUCUUGAAAAUCUGUGUCACACCGCGAGAAAUUCUAUACCGACCAUGGAGAUUGGAGUCCGCAUCCUCUUGGCUUUCCUCGUCUCCCAGGUUGCCCGUAUCGGUGGCCAAGAGGAUGGAGGCCAUGAGGGCUGUGCACCAGGCUUCCAGGUUAAACACUACCAGGUGGCGUUCAGUGGAGCUUUCCAGAAAGGCCAGGCGCUCAUACAAGUCGAGUUUGAUGACUGUGUGGGGAACGAGGACGUGAAGUUCGAGGUGUCGGACCCCAGCUUCUACGUGGACGGAGAUUUGAAUCUGGUGCCUCAACGAGAUGUCCUGCAAAGCCGGCCAUUCCUGUUCAUUCACGGGCUCAGUGCACACGCCGAUGACAUGGCACAGGUGGAAGUCACUGGACUGCCAGUUCAGUCGCCGCACACUCUCAGGGGUAUCCUGGGUGUCGGCCAGACGCUGCCAUUCAGAUCAAAGAGAUCCCUGCUGAUCCCUCCUAUGAUCGUAACUGAGAACCAGAGAGCUCCCUUCCCCAGAAAAAUUGGCAAGUCUCAUGUGAUUUCAACAGGGAGGUUGGGGAACCAUAUCUUCCGUCUGACAGGCCCCGGUGCUGACCAGGAUCCCAAAGGUCUCUUCACCAUUGACAUAGACACAGGAGAAGUGUCAGUCAGCCGCUCACUGGACCGGGAAGUCAUUGACUCCUACCAGCUGGAAGUUUCAACCACAGACUUCGCUGGAAACCUUGUCGAGGGACCGGCCACGCUAGUGAUCACUGUCAUCGACCAGAAUGACAACCGGCCCAUCUUCAGAGAGACGCGCCACACAGGAGAGGUGCUCGAGGGAUCCCCUCCGGGUACCACGGUGAUGACGAUGACGGCGUUCGACGCAGACGACCCCGCCACCAAUAACGCAGCGUUGCGCUACAACAUCGUCAGGCAGUUGCCGGACAAGCCGUCCCCGAACAUGUUCUACAUCGAUGCGGAAAGGGGCGACAUUGUCACCGUCAUCUCCGACAAGUUGCUUGACAGAGAGACACUGCCGACCACAACAUAUGAGUUAGAGAUUGUGGCCAAGGACAUGGCAGGAAGUGAGGUGGGCCUAACAGGAACAGCCACGGCUACCAUUACCAUCACAGACAAGAACGAUCAUGCCCCUGAGUUCACACAUCCGCUGUUCGAGGCGGACGUGUACGAGGGCUCUACGGGAGUGGUGGUCAACCUGACAGUAGACGACAGGGACGACCCAGACACGGGGGCGUGGAGAGCGAUCUACUCGAUAAUUAACGGAGAUCCCACACUGAGCUUUGAGAUUCAAACCAACCCAGACAAUAAUGAGGGAAUGCUGUCCGUUGCCAAGCCUCUGGACUACGAGGCCGCAGCGCUCCACACGCUACUCAUCAAAGUGGAGAACGAGGACGCUCUGGUUCCUGAUGUCGGCUACGGCCCCAGCUCCACAGCCACUGUCCAUGUCACAGUACUGGACAUCAACGAGGGCCCCAUCUUCUUCCCCGACCCCCUGAUAGUCACCAGGAUGGAAAACAUUCCUUUAGGCAGCUUUGUGGCCUCACUCAAUGCCACAGAUCCAGAUAUUUUACAGAUCCAGAGCAUCAGGUAUGCUGUUCUGCGAGACCCAGCAGGCUGGCUGAGUGUGAGCCCAGUCACAGGAACUGUCAACACCUCGGCCUCGCUGGACCGUGAGUCUCCUUUGGUCCGUGACAACAAAUACACAGCUGUCUUCAUCGCCACAGAUAACGGCAGCCCUCCAGCCACAGGCACUGGCUCAUUGGUCAUUCACCUGGAAGACUACAAUGACAAUGCCCCCUAUGUGGUACCAUCGGAAGCGAAGGUGUGUGAAGACGCCCACGAUAGGAACGUGGCCAUUGUUGGGGUGCGGGACAAUGACCUCCCGCCCAACGCAGCACCCUUUAAUAUAGAACUGGGAAAACAGCUCGGCCUCGAUAAAACAUGGAAGGUUACCAGGGUCAACUCCACACACUCCCAAAUCAUGCUUUUGCACAGUCUGAAGAAAGCCAACUACCAGCUCCCGUUGCUCAUCACUGACUCGGGGGUGCCCCCUUUGUCCAACAACACUGAGGUCAAAAUUCAAGUGUGCGUCUGUCAGAAGAACAAGAUGCACUGCAGCUCUGGUCACUCCCACCGCGCCAGCCUUCUCGUGCUGCUCGCGACACUCCUGCUCGCCCUACUCUGUAAGUACCAUUAGAGCCACAACACAGAAAGAAAUGAAGAAGUUGAGAUGCUGUUGUAUUUCCUGGUAUCGUGUUUAAACACAUUAAUACUGAAGCAAUAGGGCGUGUUGCUUCCAGUUUAUCAUUUGGCAAGAAACCAAUACAGACACAAUGUCAAAUGGUACCGACUUAGGAUAACUGCAUUCAAAAGGGAAGCAAUUCAUUGUACUCUGUGAAUAAAAGUCAUACAAGUGUUCUUGUGUGUGUGUUUGUGCACAUGCACUGAUGAACUAUUUCAAUCCCUUGCAUUCACUCAUUUGGCAAGUGUGCUUUUUUUUGCAUUUAUUUUACAAAAGUAUGCCUGUUUUGUUGUUUGACGCCAUGCCUGAAGCUUCUUCCCGGGAAGACAAACUUGAAUUUACUCUGAAUAUCUCGUUUAGGCCAUUAGCGAUAGCAUGAAUAAUUCAGCCCCCUCCGUGCACAAUACAAGCGUAAUGAAGGACGUCCAACAGCUAGUUUGGUGAGAAGAAAAAUCAUUUGCAACUUUUAAGGCCCCCGGAUGUCGUUCUCCCGUUUGAGCUUGUUCUCUGUGGUUUGUAGUCGGGCUCGCUGUACUUUGGUGGCUCCCUACAGCGGGAGGGAUGGUGACAGUGGGAUGAGAAGAGAAGAAGAAGACGAGGACUUGUGAGGAAAAGAAAAGGCAAAAAAGAAAAGAAAAUGAGAUUGAGAUUUUACACCCAAACGAUGUAGUCGUAUUUAUAUCAUCUUUUUUCCUACUGAUUUGUGUUUGACUGUGAAAUACGUCAUUGAAGGUAAUCAGAAAAUUCACAGUCAUGUCUCCUUUCCUCUUUCCAGCUCUCUUUUUGUUCCAUUGAUCUUAACAUCUUUCUCCCUUUUUGCGUCCCGUUGAUCACUCCCGCUUGCUGUUCUGUCUGUUUCCUGUCUCUAAUCCCGCAGCCUUCUCUGACACUGUUUCACCUCCCUUCUACCACUUCUCCUGCUCUUUUGCUUCCUUUCUAUUUAGCAAUGAGCCGCACUCUCCUCUAUAAUCCUUAAAAGGCAGAAUCUCUGCCCCUCAUCUUCUCAUUUUCUCUCAGCAUCAUCCGUGCAUCACAGCAUCUAGCAUGACCCAUGGGUCUUCCUCUGGCUAUGGAUCAUUCUGUCUAUUGAUGCAUAUCUUUUCUCCAAAUACUCAUUCAUUGUCAGAUGACAGUGCUCCGACUGCCUCACGAGAGAACAAUAUGAUGAGUUCUUCAAACUAAGCCUUCCCAUACACAGCGCAAAGUUGCCUGUAACUUCUGUUAAAAACUCCAUGAUUCACAGGACACAAAGUAUAAAAUUAAACUGACAGCGUGUGGCAGGCAACAGCGAAAGCACGCCACACUCCAGCGUUGAUAGACCAUUAGUCACGGUUCUAAUGCAACACACUAAUCAUGAGCGUAAGCUGAUGCUGUGUCAGCAUCCGCGGGCGAGCAGCCAGCUCUCAAAAAGUUUCAUGGCAGCGAUCCUGAGAGUGUGCCAGCUGGAGCAGUCGGUUAGCUUUUCACGCUCUCCUUUUUAGAGAUAUUUUGUUAUCUGUCGUUGCCAUGGCUGCAGCCGCAGUGUCUGAACUAGAAAGCAUGAUAAUUGGUUGACAUGCCAACACGACAUUAAGAAAGUCCUCUCUGUAAAUAAUGCAGUGAUGGACGGUGGCAUUCAUUAGCCAAAUAUCUGCUCCAGAUUCUUGGGCUGCCUGGUUCUCUGCCCGUGUACAUGUCCAUUCAUUUGGACUGA